AUGCCAUACACAACACCAGCAACACCAUUGAAUGAUCACACCACUGAUAAUUUUCAAGAAUCAACAAACAACUCGGAUAGCGAUUUCGAAAAUACCCCGCCGAGGCCAAGAAGGCGUUCAUAUGUACCGAGGCAAAAUGAUUUAGAUUUUCGAAGGGACUUUAUUAAUUCACCUCCACCAAGUACAGCUACCAGAGCUUCCUCCUCCAGACGACAAUCGUCUGAGAGAGAAACUACAGUCAACAUUGGUCUUCAUGAUCUCCAUGCCUUUGAAAUAGAAGAGAUUGAAACAGUUACUGAUAUAAGUUUUGAAGAAAUCGAAUAUCCUGAAUUACCUGCUAACAACGAGGAUGUUAUCGAAGUGUCAAUUAGGAGGGAUAAUGUCUUGGAAGAGGUGUUUAAACUGUAUGAUGAAAAUGAGGGUUUGGUUCAAAGAAAGAUAAAGUUGAGUUUCGAAAACGAAUCGGGAUUAGAUUAUGGAGGACUUACCAAGAAGUUGUUUUCGGAGUUCUGGAAAGCCUGUACGCGUGAUUACUUUAGAGGAGAAAAUCGUACCGCUCCGUUUUUACCAUUGUCAAAAAUUCGAAAAGGACUUGAUCAUAAAUUCUGCUUAAUAGGAAGGGUGUUGGCACACAAUUUAAUUUUGACAAAGACAAUUCCUAUUAAAUUAUGCAAAUACGUUUUUUUAAAACUCGGAUCUUUGGACAACGACAUACCUCAAUCUAUCUUACUGGAGGAUUUUUUUAACUUCUUGACACCAUCGGAAGCAUGCUUAUUACGUAAAGCUAAACUAGCAUAUCAAACACUGACCGAAAAAGACAAGGAACUGCUUUUAGAUUUGUUCUCUACCUACGGGCUAUUGGAAAACCCGAAUGCUUCGGAAAUUGAGGAUCAAAUAGUUACAAUCGCGGAGAAUGUCCUGUGCCAAGAGAGUUUUCCCUUUAUUAAGAAAAUAAAGGACGGAAUACCUCUUUUUUGUGAACAUUUUUUCAGUAAUUUGACUGAAAGUAAAAUAAACUAUCUAUUCAAGAAACAGGCAGCUACCGCGUCAAAAUUUUUUGAAAUUAUGAUCACAACACCAGAGGAGUUAAAUAAUCUGCAAACGCGGAUUUUAUACUUUUUUAAGACUUACAUAAAAAACUUAACAGAUGAAAAACUUCAGAGGAUGUUAUUUUUCAUUUCGGGAUCCACAAAUAUGCCUGAAAGAGUCGUUGUAGCUUUCACAGCUAGUGGCUAUCCUGUAGCGCACACUUGUUCUAACACUUUAGAAUUGGCAUUAUCCUAUUCGUCAUACCAGGAAAUUAAACUACAUUUUGAUGCUAUAUUGGACAACGAAACCGCAUUUGAAUAUUCGUAUCUUUAA